GCGCUCUCGGGCGCAGCCGCCCCCGUGGUAGCCUCGGACCGGUAGGGGAAAUGCCCUCGGCGGUUUGCUUCGCUCUGUAGAGGAGCGAUGGGGAGGCGUUGGGCCUGGCCUGAGGUAGGAGGGAGCCCAGCUGUCGCUGCUUGUGCCUGAGCCGUGAUGCUCGUGUGGGCCCUACUCUCCGCGGUGCUCUGGUCUGUCGCAAGAGUUGGAGCGCUACGUUCUUCUUUAUUCAGCAAGAAAGGCUUUGUUUACGGCUCGAUAGAAAACCCAGUGAAAAUAUAUGUAAAGUUACAUCAGGAUUCCCCUAUCCUUUUUUGUAUGGAUGUUAAUCGUGCUAGUAAAGAAACAGUGGACCCCACCUACUUAUGGAUUGGGCCAAAUGAAAAUACAUUAACAGAGAAUGGCCAAAUAAACUUAACAAAGGAAGGAGCACUGAUAGUGAAAGAUUUUAUGGAAUCAUUAUCUGGACUUUACACAUGUACUCUUUCCUAUAAGACCAUCAAAGCAGAAACCCAAGAAGAAACAACAAUAAAGAAGAGAUAUGACUUUUUGAUCUUUGCCUAUCGGGAACCUGAUUAUUCUUACCACAUGGCUGUGCGCUUUACCACAAAGUCUUGUGUAGGAAGAUAUAAUGACCUGCUCUUUAGAGUGCUGAAGAAAAUCUUGGAUAAUUUAAUCUCUGAUUUGUUGUGCCAUGUCAUAGAACCAUCAUAUAAGUGCCAUUCUGUUAAAAUUCCAGAGAGUGACUUCGUGAAUGAGCUAUUCAUAGCCUUUCAAGUGAACCCUUUUGCACCAGGCUGGAAAAGUGUCUGCAAUGACUCUAUAGACUGUGAAGAUGCCACUAACCGUAACAUCCUCGAG